AAACAAAAAAUGAAUACCAAUUAAGCAAAAAUUCAAGACCAAUCCCGUGAAUUUGUCCAAUCAACCAUAAAAAGCCUUUACUAGCGUUCUGAACAUAUAGAAAAAAUGCUAGAAAAAGGCAACGACUCUUUAGUAUUCCAAAUAGGUUCUCAUUCAAUAAAAUAUGGUUUUGCAAAUGAGCAAUAACCUUAAAAAAUCCGUACUUUAAUUGCCUAUAGAACAAAUAAUUCUGAAACUACUUUUUUCCAUGAUAAUUAUCGAAACUACGAUAUUUUAGAUAAGGAAUGUUAAAAAAUAGAAUAAUAACUAAAACAAUAAAAAAAGCUAAAUUAAAAUGCCUAAAAAUCUUAAAAAAAGACCCAAAAAACCAAGGUCGAAUUAAACUUAAAAACCUUAAUUUUUCAAAAUAAAAUGGAAAUCGAAAAUGAUCCAAAAGCAGAUUUUUCCAAAAAAAACAUUCUCUUCGAAGACGAGAUUUUCAUGAUUGAAUAAAAUCCAGAAUUUAUGAUAAGAAAGCCUAUAAAACACGGCUGUUUUAACACCUCCGAAUAUCAAGAAAACUACAAUGCCAUCAUAAACGACAUCGAAAACCUCAUAUAUUAUAUUUUAACCAAAAAAAUGAACCUAAAAUAAAGACAAUUUAACCAAUAUAAUAUCAUUCUAAUAAUCCCUGAUCUCAUGAACCGCUUUUAAUUAAAAAUGCUAGUCACAAUGUUUCUAUAAAAUCUAAAUUUUAACUCCCUAUAUAUGCACUAAGAAAGCAUAAUGGCCUGUUUUGGUUUUUGUAUUGGUUAAGCCUGCGUAGUUGACAUUGGUUCUGAGAAAAUAAACGUUUGCUGUGUUGACGAGGGUAUAAUAAUCCCAAAUACACUAAUAAGGAAAAAUUACGGAGGGGACGAUGUUGACGUAGUCCUUCUUCGGUAAUUAAUAAAAAAGAACUGUACCUCAUUUAAAAAGAAAGGCAAUUAUAAACUCGAAUACAGAAACUUCGGAGACAUGCACUAAAUAGAAAAGCUCAAAGAAAAAUACUGCUCUUUCGAAUUUAUAGAAGACUCAUAAAACAGAAUAUAUGAAAUGCAUUGUGUCAGAAACGGAAUUGAAGAGCUUUUUACGGUUUAGCAUAACGAAAGUAUGUAAAUAGCCCCAUAGAGUUAUUUUAAUGCCGAAAUAUUCAAUUCAUUAUAAAAAAAUACAUAAAAUAAUUACAAAAAUCUCAAUUUUGAUCACUACGAUUAUACGUCUAAAUAUUUUGAUUAUAAUGAAGAUCCUGAGGAUAAUCUAGAAGAUGUUAUAGAAAUCUUAUAAUAAUAAUAAUAUAUAUAAUAAUUAUAAUAAAAUACUUAUAAAUUGAAAUAAGAGGAACUUUUGGAUCCUUAUUUAAUGGUAAAUUUAGAAGAUAUAAUAUCAUAGUCAAUUGCAAAUGUAAAAGACUCAGAACUAAGAAAAAAACUAGCAAAUCAUAUAUUUAUUAUAGGCGGAGGUAAUUCUAUGUAAAAUAUGGCGGAAUAACUAGAGGACAAACUUAUAGAAAGAAUAGCUUAUUUUGAUCCGAAUAUUGAAAGAGUUGAGGUAAUUGACGCUCUUCUCAAAAAAGAAAUCAAUUUAUGCAAUUUAUCGUGGAUUGGGGGUACUGUUAUACCCAGAUUAGAUUCAAUGAAAGAUUAAUGGAUUAAAUAAAAUAGAUGGUUGGGAUGUUUUGAUAAUUUUGAUGACGAUUCAGAUGAAGAAGGUGAUGUUAGUGGAACAGAUUUAUAAAAUGUUAAUAAUUAAUAAAAAAAAGAAGAGAAAGAUAAAAAAGAUAAGUCGAAUGAAUAUGGAAUUAAAUAUUUAAAAGAAAAAAUACCGUUUUAAUGGUGA